CCUCAGACGUUUCCAGUUAGUUAACGCGCACAUUCAAAACAACAGACGGGAAGCGUUUUUUUUAUGGUAAUUGAUCGAUUAUUUUCUUACUAAUUCGAUAAAACAUGUCCAAAUUUAAAUUAGGAGCGUGCUGCUCGGUUGUUGGCUGUUCACUCAGGCCUGGAACUAACUUACUUUUGGAAAUUAAAGCUUAUAGAUUUCCUAAAAACAAAAAUCAGCGUGACGCCUGGAUUACAGCAGUGAAGAGAGAAGGCUGGAUACCAACAAGCAACUCUAGGAUAUGCAGCACACAUUUUAUCUCUGGAAAGCCAUCAGAUGAUCCUCUACAUCCAGAUUACAUACCAUCAAAGCUUCCUCACAGACCUGAUACCUUCAGAAAUAUGGACCGGUAUCAGAGGUCUCUGAGACGGGCGUCACAGGUUUCUGAGAUGAGCAUUGGAGUUCAGCCUACUGAGGAAGUGCAGGACAUGGACAUAGAUGUAACUCAAGUUAAGUCCUUCAAUGAUAUGUGUGUUGGAACAGAUCUCACAAUGAGUGAUAUUGAAGAUAUGCAGAAACAGAACACAUCUUACAAAGAGCAAGUGAGAAGCCUACAUAAAAAGGUACAAACUCUCACCAGUGAGCGGAAAAGACGGAAAUCUGAUGUGGAUUUAAACCAUGAUGGAAUCAUUCACUUCUACACUGGCCUUCGCUCAUGCAAAGUGUUUUUUGCCCUUUUGACAUAUCUCACCACUGCUUGGAGUCCGAGAACACAUAGUCCUCCAACACCUCUCCAGUUUUACUUGGUCUUAAUGAAACUGAGACUUGGCCUCACUCAUAAAGAUCUUGCCUUCAGUUGGAAGAAGAAGGCGGCAUUAACUGAAGCCCAGGAAGAACUUAAGCUUCCAAAGCAUGCACUCAUAACAGAGUGUCCAACAAGGUGGGGCUCAAGGCAACAGAUGAUAGAACGAGUUUUGGAACAACAGAAGGCUCUGUCUCAGAUCCUUGUAGCUGAUCGCAAAACAAGACACCUGGUUCCACAAUGGCAGGACACAGAUGUCCUUGAAUCCGUGAGCAAGGCACUGAAACCCUUGCAGGAGUUUACAGAUGCCCUAUCUGGCGAGGACUAUGUCAGCGUGUCAUAUCUGAAGCCAGUUCUUCAUGUUUAA